AUGUCAGGCCCGGAGCCAGAAGUGAAGAGAAAAGUUUGGAUUACCAGCGAUGAGUUCGCCAAGCUAGUUGACUUGCUCCCUUCCAAUAUCGGAAGGCAAUCGCUCGUGAUGUCUUUGAUCAAGGCGUUCGGACUCCACUUGAAGUGUGAAAGUACCAUAAGCAUUCCUAUGAUCCAUCGAAGUGAACUAGAGUCAUAUCAUGAUAGCAAUUUCAUAGAUUGUCUUUUUCGGAAUAGGCCAAACCUAGAUCUUCAAGCUGAAGAUGAAGAUAAGAUCAGCGAUCAGGACUUAUGUGAGCAAUAUGGGCUUCUGUAUGACUGCUAUCCCUUUCCCUUCAUGCGGGAAUAUGUUAAAAUUGUAGCAUCUUCAACUAUAGCAUCUGCAAAGACUCUAAUACGAGAGAGAUCCGAGAAGCAUCAAAAUGUGGUUAUUAAUUGGUAUGGUGGCAGACAUCAUUGCUUCAAGAGAAAGGCUGCUGGCUUCUGCUACGUCAACGAUAUUGUUUUAGGUAUUCUGCAUCUACGAAAAAGUUUCGGCAAAGUAUUUUACCUUGACCUUGACUUGCACCAUGGCGAUGGGGUGGAGAAUGCUUACCAAUUUUCCAAGAAUGUUCUGACUUGUUCUAUUCACCGGUAUGACUUAGGGUUUUACCCCGGUACUGGUUCGCUAGAGUCAUCCACAUUAGGUAAGUACAACAUACCAACGAAAAAGGGUUUGAGUGAUAAGAGUUUGAUGCAAAUUGUCGAAGAGAUUGUUCUACCUAUAGUAUUGAAGUUUAAACCAGAUGUAGUGGUAAUUCAAUCAGGGUGUGAUGGCUUGGGUACAGAUAGUCAUGGAGAAUGGAAUUUGACUAUCAAAGGUUUCACUUCGGUUGUAGAAAAAUUAAUGCAAGCAUUGUCUCCAAUUCCUAUCUUGGUACUAGGUGGUGGAGGAUAUAACCACAUAGAAACUGCAAAAUGCUGGACAUAUCUAACAAGAAAUGUACUUCAGGUCCAAGAGGAAUGGGAUCUAAUUCCUGAACACACAAUGCUAGAUUCAUAUGAGAGCAGUGGCUUCCAAUUUUGGACUUCUGAAAACGAAGCCCCUAAAAGAAUGAAAGAUGAGAAUACAAACGGUUAUUUGAGAGGAUUAAGGGAAUCAUUGCUAGCAAUUAUAUAA